CUUGCGCCGACGGUGAGCGGAGAUAGAGAGGAGCGCGGCCACGGAACCAUGGCUGGCGAGCGAGAUACUUUGUAGCGCUGCCUAAAGUCAGAGGAAUUGUAACUAUGUGUUUCAAUGUGGCGCCACGUUGAGCUCUCUUUGACUGCUUAGACGGGGGGGAAAAAUGGGUACCGCGCUGAGGAAUUUGCUGUUGUGCAGCGUUUGCUCUUUGAUAAGGGGGGCACCACUUUUGUUGUUUGCAAAUCGACGAGAUUUGAGGUUGGUGGAUGCUGCUGGUGGCAAGACUAAUGCCACAGUUGUUGUUGCUGGUUUAGAAGAUGCAGCUGCGGUGGAUUUUAUAUUUGCAGAUGAUCUUGUAUACUGGACUGAUGUGAGUGAAGAAGCAAUCAAACUGAUUUUUCUAAACCAGACGGGAAACUCCCAGAAUGUAGUUAUAUCAGGACUUGUAUCACCAGAUGGCCUGGCUUGUGAUUGGCUGGGAAAAAAGUUGUAUUGGACAGACUCUGAAACUAAUCGGAUAGAAGUUGCUAAUUUAGAUGGAUCAAUGCGAAAGGUAUUAUUUUGGCAAGAUCUGGACCAACCCCGGGCAAUCACAUUGGAUCCAGCAAGGGGGUAUAUGUAUUGGACAGACUGGGGAGAAGUGCCAAAGAUUGAACGAGCUGGAAUGGAUGGUACAACACGCUCGAUUAUAAUUGACAGUAACAUUUACUGGCCAAAUGGAUUGACAUUAGAUUAUGAAGAAGAGAAAUUAUACUGGGCAGAUGCUAAGCUGAGCUUCAUUCACCGAUCAAACUUUGAUGGAAGCUUGCGUCUUCAUGCUUGCUCACGUGUGGUAUCUGAAAUUGGACACAGUUCCAGCUGUGGCUGA